CUCUCUCUCUCUCUCUCUCUCUCCCUCUCUCUCUCUCUCUCUCUCUCUCUCUCUCUCUCUCUGUCUCUCUCUGUCUCUCUCUCUCUCUCUCUCUCCCUCUCUCUCUCUCUCUCUCUCUCUCUCUCUCUCUCUCUCUCUCUCUCUCUCUCUCUCUCUCUCUCUCUCUCUCUCUCUCUCUCUCUCUCUCUCUCUCUCUCUCUCUCUCUCUCUCUCUCUCUCUCUCUCCCUCUCUCUCUCUCUCUCUCUCUCUCUCUCUCUCUCUCUCUCUGGUUUUCUUCAGUGGACCAUCGAGACCUCAGGGUUCAGAGAAAUCAGCUGAUCAGACAAACACUCAACAGACAAACGCACCUUCACUGCACCUACGCAUGGUUACCAUAGCAACGGUGACUUUGAAGAGGAGGGAAAGGUGUUACCAGCAUGACAACAAUGAAACACCUAUGAGAAUACUGCUGUGUGUGUGUGUGUGUGUGUGUGUGUGUGUGUGUGUGUGUGUGUGUGUGUGUGUGUGUGUGUGUGUGUUGUUCUGUAUUUGCUCUGUAGAGCAGCGUUCAGGAUCAGCGUAUUUGGAGCGAAGUUCACAUACGGUGUUUUAUUUUGAAAUACAUGCGCGGUCUUCGUGUUUGACUUCCUGUCUAGAACAAUCUUCUCUGUGUAGGUUGACGUGUGUAGGAAGUGUAGAGCAGCAGAAAUCGACUCGCCGCCACAUAUUUAGCAGAGCUGCUGUCGAUUUGAAGCUCUGACGGCGCCGAUACACGUCCUGUACGCUUUACUGCGCUGAUUAAAAUGGCGUCCUGUUCGCUUUACUGCGCUGAUUAAAAUGGCGUCCUGUACGCUUUACUGCGCUGAUUAAAAUGGCGUCCUGUACGCUUUCACCUUUGCUCUGUUUGUUCUGUCUGUGACAUCAUCAGGUCAUGUGACAUCCUAACCUUUUUGUCGUUUGGUUGAGAAAUCGUCUCCUUCAGCUCGUCCAGGACUCGGCUGAGAGAGAAAAACGCCACAGAGCUUCUCAUGAAGGUCGACAGAUGGCUGCCUCACUUCCUGCUGAGCGCCGGCACUUCCUGUCCCUGCCAGAACCCGACAGAGGAGUCUUCCCCAGCAGAGCUUCCUCAUGUUCCAAACAGAAGAACGACACUUCCUCUGAGAGCGAGCGACAGACACACAACACUCUCUGAUAGUUUAGAUUUUUGAUCAUUGUCGAAUUUUCUAAAUCCGAAGAAUCUCCAGAACACCGACGUCUCGACUCGCGCCCUUUUUCCGAACGAGUUCCUCCUCCUCUUCCUCGUGUCGGGUUGGUCGGGCCGCCUCCGUUUGUUCGGUACUGACACUAAUCUCUGCGUCCGCCAUGACAACCAACAGUGAAGCUGUUUCUUCAGUCUGCUGGACACGCUGGUGACCAUAGGGAGCGCACCCAAACCUGACCAAUCAGACGGAGCAAACAAACUCCGCACGACACGCUGGUGAAAAUACGGAAACGCUCCCGAACCGACGCGCUCCGUCUUUCCUGUUAGCGAGCGCAGACGACUCCACACUGACUCAGAGACGCAGCAGACGUCUGCUCUCUCUCCGGGAUAAACCGUCGUUCGGCCAAAACUAGUCUCAAUAAAAAAAAAACGGUUUCACGAUUAAAAGACGAUCUUUUUAAAAGCUGUUAAAAAGUUUGAACCCCCAAAUAUUCCAUGUUAUCGAAUUUUAAAAAGUAUAAAACAGAAUAUUUUAGAUUCAUGAUUUUGAUAAAAAUAGACAAAACAUUUUAUAAAAAUAGACAAAAUAUUUUAUAAAAAACAAAAAUAUUGAUAAAAACUUAAUCAUUGUAUGUAAUAAAAAAUACAAGCAUAAAAAAAAUGUUUUUGAAAGAAAAAAAGAAUGAAACACUUUAAAAAAAAGCAAAAAUAAUUUUCAAAUUUAACUCUUUAAAAAAUCUUUAAAAAUGAUAAAAGUUUUUCAUUAUAAAAUUUUAGAAUGAAUUUUCAAAAAUGUUUUUUAGAGCACAAAAAUAUUUCACAUGGUACAAGAAUUUUUAUCAAAUGGAAAAAAAAAUCGUCAAACCUAAAAAUAAAAAUCAGUUUCAGCUGACGAAGUUGAUUCUGUCUAAAACAUUUUUGGGUCAUUUUUUCUUUUUUCCAGCAGAUAUUUAGAGACGCUGUGAAAUGUUUGUGCAGUUCAACCUCAGGGCCACCGUACAAACACACACACACACACACACACACACACACACACACACACACACACACAGUUUCCUCCUUACCCUCUCUCUGCUCCUCCGGCUUUCUCUCUCCGUGCUCCUCCGUGCCUUCUCCUCGCCGGAGUCCACCUCCACCUCCUCCCUCUCCUCCCUCUCCUCCACCUCCUCCCUCCGGAGACGCUUGGCUGCCCGGUGAUACCCCCCCUCCUCCUCUCCUCCUCCUCCUCGGUCUGCUCCUUCCUCCAUCUCUGACUGCAGACCAACGAUGAAGAAGAAUGAAAGAGAGACAAUGCACUAACUCUCUCUCUCUCUCUCUCUCUCUCUCUCUCUCUCUCUCUCUCUCUCUCUCCAAAGAUAGAAGAAAUACACAGAGGUCUCACUCUGCCACAAAUUCAGGGAUGAAGUUUGUUCACAGUAGCAGCUCAUUAAUCUUUCUCUGAUAAAUGAACAAAGCUGAUUAAGUCUGGAUAUAUAUACAUAUAUAUAUAUACGUGUUAUUUAUAUGUGUUAUAUAUAUAAAAUAAAUAUAACAUAUAUAUGUUAUAUAUAUAUUUACAUAUCAUCUCUUAUUCCUGUAAAUAUCUUUUUUAAAACAUGAAAUCUGUAUUUUUGAUCAUCGUGAUAACUGUACGUUCAGAUCUACCUUUUAAAACUUGUAUUUAACAUUCAACCUAAUAUUGCGAUAUGGAAGUUCGGACCAUUGCCGAUCAACUCUCUAACUCUCUCACUUCGGUUGUGCCCCCCUUUGCUCUCCUGAAAAAAAUCACUGUGUUUCAACCAUAAACUGAACAUGUUCUGGACCACUUGGUUCCUCCUUCCUCAUGUUUACGAAUAUGAAGCUGAAAAGUUCUCAGUAAUUCUGCGUUUUUUCUCCACUUCCUGAAACCAACGCUGCGCAGUAACGUUGUUCGCAUUCGGCGGGAGAGUCGCUGUGAUGACGCUCGGCUCAAACAGCGUAUCCCCCGUGAUCUACUCAAUCUCUGUCCUCCCAUUGGCUGUAUCAGGUGUCAAUCAUAGAAAACAUGAACCCCCUAAUAACUUUUAAAAAUGGAGCUGUACAGAAAAAAGAGGACUUGAGCACAAACCAGUCUGACAGUAACUACAUGUCAACAUCACAACCAGGGGGGAGAAACAUUUAUAUUCUGUGUCAUUCAUUUAUAAAGUUUGUCCACAGCUCCAUAAGGAGGCGGGGUUUAGGACCUAUACUGCAGCCCGUCACCAGAGGGCGCUGUUCUCAGAGAGAGGAGGCAGACGGCGUCUGUUCUAGAUACAGUCUUUGGUGUCAAUAAAUGGCGGAUAUCAAGCGUCACUUCCUGCUCAACUUCAGACCUAAAUAAGGUCGUCACUGCAGAUGUUUCCUCUGUGUGACGGUGGGGUUACCAUGGAAACAGCACAGCUGUUUAGCUACACCUUGGCAUGUGAAUGAAUGCAAAACCUGACAUUAAGGUCACUGAGGUUUUUAUGGGUUUGUGUGUUUUUGUUUUUAUCCCCCCCCCCAGAGGAGGGCGGAGUUAAAAACAAAGACCAGAGACUGAGAGGGUUAAAGAAACAAAAGUGACAAAAACCAAAACAAAGCAGCACAAACGAAACCUGUAACAAAGUCGACUGUUUUCCCGAAGUGUCGUGCGGGGUGGACGGUCAGCUCCACGCAGGUUGAGGAAUGUCAUCAGCUGAAAUAAUGCGUCCUUCACGGUCCGAAUCUGCUCUUUGUCCAAACAUCAGCAGGUCACAUGAUCGUGGAGGUUAAACUCUCUCAGCAGACGGCGGUGAAGUUUUCAGGAUGACGUGUUUGUGGAUCUUUGGAGACUGAUCUGUUUAUCUCCGCUGAUGUUAACUCUGUUAGCUGAACUCCCCGCUGGAUCAAUGUCCUCCUCUGUGUUUGAUGAACUGCAUUAUGGGACAUUUAGAGACUUCAGAGCGAGCAGGUGACGGGCCAGCAGGACCCUCACGGUUCAGUUCUGAUUGAUGUUUCCUGCUUUAAACGGAGAUACUGAUCCAGAUCCAGACACGCUGAUAAGGCCGCCGUGGUCAUCAUCAUCAUCAUCAUCAUGACGUCAAUCACUGCUUAACUAACAGCUGUUUAAAGACCUCGAGUUCAACAUCAUCUGACCGCUACGGCGCUCAGGGACUGACGGACAGUUUCUCUGUGUUUUGGUGUGAUUAGCGGUUAGCAGCGAGGACUUCAUGUUCUCCGUGAGCGGCGUUUUUCUACGAUCCCUGAUUCUGAUUCAGCCUCUGAGAGGUCUGAGACCAGGUCUGAAGACCAGAUCCUGGUCUCAGUCUCUCUGGUCUCCUGUUGUCUGUCUGUGGAGAGUCUCAGGCCACGCUCACACUGCAGGUUAUGAUGCAUGAUUCGGAUUUUUCCGAUCUUUUUGUGCGGUCGUUCACAUGACAACAACAAAUGCGUCAGUGAAGUGACCCUCAUGCGCACAAAACACAAAUAAUAAUAAUAAUAAUAAUAAUAAUAAUAAUAAUAAUUAAUUAUUAUUAUUAUUAUUAUUAUUAUUAUUAUUAUUAUCAUUAUUAUUAUUUUUCCAAAAUAAUAAUAAUAAUAAUUAUUAUUAUUAUUAUUAUUACUAUUAUUAUCAUUAUUAUUAUAUUUACAAUAAUAAUAAUGAUAAUAAUUAUUAUUAUUAUUAUUUUUUUAAUUAUUAUUUUCUUUUUAUUAUUACUAUUAUUAUAAUUAUUAUUGUUAUUGUUAUUAUUACUAUUAUUAUGGUUAUUAUUUUUAUUUUAUUUUUAUUAUUAUUAUUACUAUUAUAAUAAUUAAAUAAAUAAAAAUUAUUAUUAUUUAUUAUUAUUAUUAUUAUUAUUAUUAUUAUUAUUAUUAUAAAAAAAAAAAUAUUAUUAUUUAUUAUUAUUAUUAUUUUUUUUAUUAUUACUAUUAUUAUAAUCAUUAUUAUUAUUAUAAUUAUUAUUAUUAUUAUUUUUUAUUAUUAUUAUUUUAUUAUUUUUAUUAUUAUUUUUGUUAUUAUGACCUGAGACAUGGAAGACUUCACAUGAGAGACUGAUUUGAACGUUGACGGUCGAACAAACUGAAGCCUCUGUCGUCGUGUUUUUUUGGAGGUGAGUUGGAAACGUUCUGGUCUCCGACUUUAAGAUCUACUUCCUCUUAAACCGACCACGAGUUUUCGUUAAACGCUCUCGAGUUUGUUAAAGAGGAAACAACAUAAAAACACAGAUGAUGAACAACCUUUCCCGUGUUUGUCCUGGACCUGGACCGGUUCACCUGGACUGAACCUCUCCUCUGGUUUUCCCCUCUCCAAACUGACCAAUCAAAGAGCCUUAAUGAAAUACUGGAGCGGUGACGUUACGAGCCUUUACUCUCCGUUUAGUUCCUGUUUGAUGAUUCUGAUGUAGGGAACAAUAUUUACUUUCUUUGGCGUCUCCUUUCCCACCCCCCCACCCCGUUAUUACAACCAUGUGACCCGGAGCGCCCAGAGCGCCCAAAGCGAGCUCAGCCAGAGAGGCUGAAACAGGUUUUUGAGAAGUUGAAGGUUAAAGUCUGAAGAGUCGGAGACACAGUCUGAUCUUCAGACUCGGUGGAGUUUUCAGGAACCGUCACUUCCUGUUGUAAUCACGUUUUACGCUCCCCACCGUGAAAUUGAUUUGACAGACAUGAUGAUUUAAAGUGACAGUGUCCACACAUGGUCAUUGAGCGGCUGACGUCAAACAGCAGCUGAGACCGUCUCAUCAUCUCUGCUCACAGAUUCUCUGUCCGCUCCUCAGAUAACUCAAACUUCUGCUGAGGUUCCGCCGCCACCGCCGCCACCGCCGCCACCGCCGCCACCACCGCCACCACCGCCAUCAGGUGUGUGGCUCCGAUCAGUGUUUCCAAUAUGGUCGCCGCCAUCCUGGGCUUUGUAACUUAUCUUCAGUAACCAAUGAAUGAAGUCGGUGUUACACCAGCGUCUGUGUCUCAUCAUGAAACCGGUUUUGUUUGGACCUCAGUCGUCCCGUCUUCAGUCCUUGUUUCAGGGUUUCUGUCGAGUCCUGUUCAAGUCAAACUGGUUCUGUUUCUCGAGCCACUGCUGGUUCUGGACGGGUUCUGGGUUCAUGAGCUCUGAGCCCUCAGUGGUGGGGACUUUAUCCCCCUUCACAGCGAGUCACCAGACUGAGAUCAUCUCAGAGAUUAAUGCGUCCAAUUCUACUAAGGAUCUUAAUUCAUUCUCCAUUGGCUUUGUUUCCACGGCAACACCUCAUGCCUCCAUCUUUUUUCACCUAAUCCUGCCAUACUGCUCUGUGAUUGGCUGGUACCGCUGGACUGUGAUUGGCUAGUCCUGGUAUCAAAGUUUGUCUCCUGGGCUUGUAGCCAGAACAAAAGAUGUCUGUUCCCGUCCCGAGAUCAAGUCCAGGCUAAUCCGAACCACGAUGUGUUCCUGAACCGAGCGAAGGGGGUCCUAAAAACAACCAGACUGGGACCGGUCUGGUUUAGGGGCGAGAAACUGCUCUAAAGCCAGUUUGAGGAGGAAGAUCCAGCUCCUCCUCCUCCUCCUCCUCCGCUGUAACCCUGCGACAGUAGAGAACUCCUGAUUGGCUCUGAGGGACCAGCCAAUCACAAAGCAUCGGGAUUAUUUGGUUCUCUGAGGGACCUGCUGGCACUGAGGCGCACCAAGGUCCGCCAAGCUGGGCGUGGUGGCGUGGUAGGGGGAGGUGUCAGCAGAAUCAGCUGGCGCAGUGACAUUUUCGUGCUCGCCGCCGGCAUAGAAAGUGCGCUGAAAGCUCGCCGAUUCAAACCCGGUCAGCUUUAGCACAGGCGGAGCGCAGAUGUGGUAUUUUGGUCGACCGGCGUUUGUAUCGGCACAUGUCACUGAUGUCUGUUUCCACAGUUUCAGAUCUUUAUAUCUAUCGAUAUAUUCUGAUCUAUAUCUGAUCUGACGAGUGCGUUUGGACACACAACCUGACCGACUCAACACAGCUGAGGACGCGUUUAAUUAAAUCUAAUUAAAUUAAAUUAAAUUAAAUAAAAUAAAAUUAAAUUAAAUAUCUAGUAAAUUGACACACGUGAUGAAGUUAAGAACAUAUUUAAUUCGUCUCUCUCUUCCUCCUAUUUCCUGCUUGACCAUCACACAUCUCCCCGCCCUGCUGCAGCGGCGGCGGCUGAACAGAUGAUUGGUUUAUUGAUCAGAUGAGUUAUUAAAUUUGAAAAUUUGAACAAAACAAUAAAACAAACUUUUAUUCAAAAUAACCCGUUUAUCUCAUUUUCUCACGUCCUUAAAAUUCUGUGAAUUUUCAAUCCGGAGUCCGGCCCUCCAUACGAAUGAAUAUUAUAACAUAUAAUAUAAUAUUAUGUAAAGUUACGUGUUUAUUUUAUAACAUCGUUGAAAGAAGAGCCGGGCCACGGAGCGCCAUUAUUAUUAUAAUUAUUAUUCUUACUAUUAUUAUUAUUGUUAUUAUUAUUAUUAUUAUUAUAUUUACAAUAAUAAUAAUAAUAAUAAUAAUAAUAAUUAUUAUUAUUAUUAUUAUUAUUAUUAUUACUUUUAUUAUUAUUAUUAUUAUUAUUAUUAUAUUUACAAUAACAAUAAUAAUAAUAAUAAUAAUAAUAAUUAUUAUUAUUAUUAUUAUUAUUAUUAUUAUUAUUAUUAUUAUUAUUAUUAUUAUUAUAUUAUUAUUGUAAAUAUAAUAAUAAUAAUAAUAAUAAUAAUAAUAAUUAUUAUUAUUAUUAUUAUUAUUAUUAUUAUUAUUAUUAUUAUUAUUAUUAUGAUAAUAUUAUUAUUAUUAUUGUAAAUAUAAUAAUAAUACUAAUAAUAAUAAUAAUAAUAAUAAAGUAAUAAUAAUAUUAUUAUUAUAUUUACAACAACAACAAUAAUAAUAAUAAUAAUAAUAACAAUAAUAAUAAUAAUAAUAAUAAUUAUUAUUAUUAUUAUUAUUGUUAUUAUAAUCACGUGGAACCUCAGAGUUCACUCAUCGAUGAGGGAAAGUCGAUCCUUCUCAGUAACUUACCCUGCGUGUUCGGUGGCCCUGUUCUGACCCGGGUCAGCCCCGGGUUUUUAGAGUCCAACUGUGAUCAGAGGACACGAUUGUCGUCACGAUUGUCGUCACUGUUGUUCCUCUGCUGCGACACACCCUAACUUCAUCAGUUCAACCCUCGCUGCUCGUUCGAUUCCUGACCAAAACAACACAAAACAAAAAACCUUUUUUUUAAAGUCAGUUUCAGGGUUAAAGGUGUAAAAACAGAAAUUUAUGAUCAUUUAUAAUCUAAAGGGAAAUCUGAGAAGGAAGCGAGUCCAAUCAGAGGUUUAGGACCGGUCCAGGACUCAGUGAGGAGGUCAUCUGAGGCCGAAGUCCAAACAGGCCUGAAGUGAAACCAGAGCCCAUCAAACAGCAGAAUAAUCUCCUUUUUUACGCAGAUCUGGACGGAUUCAGAGGAACGUCAGUCUGAGUGACGACGGUCUCACACCUAAUUUAACAGAUUUACUGAAAUACGGACGCUUUAAAUCUCAUUAUGUGUCAAACAGCAGCGUCAACACAACUCUGAAUUCAUCUGUUCAAAGAGUUUCACUAAUAAAAACCGUUUCUGUCAGGAAUCUGAAAUAAACAGAAAAAGACCAAAAAUGCAGAACGAAAUUUUAAUGAUUUAAACAGGAACAAAAAGAAAAACAACAAAAACUUCAGAUGUCCAAAUUAAAAAAACAAGAAAACAGGAAAAAAAACCCAGAAAAAACAGGCAACAAAAAUCCAAAAUCCAACAAAAGACACAAAGGGAGGAAAAAAAACACAAAGAGACACUGGGGACACUGGAGACACUGGGAACACUGGAGAUACUGGGGAAAACUGGGAACACUGGAGAUCAUCCAUCAGUGGAGGACUUUGUGACGAGAUUAAAUGUCCCGUUUUGAUUAUUUUGAAAGAAAACCAUAAAAAAAAGAAAACUGACAAAUAUUUAAAAAUAUUAAAAAUAUUUUAUUCUCAGUCAGUAAAGUGGAAACGGCGCUGUGAAACGGCGCUGUGAAACGGCGCUGUGAAACGGCGCUGUGAAGGGGCGGCGGUUUCUCAGGAGGUAGAGCGGUCGACCAAAAACCAGAAGGUUGGUGGUUUGAUUCCCGCCCUCCCCCGAGUCUGUCCAGUCUGUCGCUGAGACACUUCAUUCACCUGACUGUGAGUGUGUGUGUGUCCUCCACUGGUGUGUGAUUGUGAGUGUGUGUGUUGUGUGGUCGGAGAGGCCGUAGGCGCAGACUGGCCGCCAUGUUUCGGUCAGUCUGUCCCAGGUCAGCUGUGAGAAGUUUACCACCAUGAAGGUGUGACUGUGUGAGUGAAUGAAUGAAUGAAUGAAUGAAUGAAUGAGUGAAUGAGUGAAUGAAUGUAAAGAACUUUGAGGGUCUUUAUAAAAUCUGAGGAAUUAAAGUUUUUUAAUAUUAAAUAUAAAGAGUGAAGACGUCUGAGGGAACGAGAAACACACACACACACACACAGACACACACACACACACACACACAGACACACACACACACACACACACAGACACACACACACACACACACAGACAUACACACACUCUCACACACACUCUCUCUCACACACACACACACAGACACACAGACACACACACACACACACACGCGGUCUCUCUCCCUCUCUCUCUCUCUCUCUCUCUCUCUCCUCUCUCUCUCUCUCUCUCUCUCUCUCUCUCUCUCUCUCUCUCUCUCUCUCUCUCUCUCUCUCUCUCUCUCUCUCUUCUCAGUCAGAAGCCCCGCCCCCCUCUCCUGGUCUGGUUUAUUCCAGGAUCAGGCUCAGAGGACCAGCAGACCCAGCAGAGCCAGUUAGGAUCGUGGACUCUGUUGGACUCUGUUGGACUCUGUUGGACUCAGACCUUCAGACCUUCUUCUUCACCAUGAGGUUCGAGGAGAUCCUGGACGACGUCGGCGGUUUCUCCAGGUUCCAGUUCAUGAUCCUGUUGAUCCUGUGCCUCCCCCGCGCCAUCCUCCCGCUCCACUUCCUGCUCCAUAACUUCGUUUCUGCCACACCUGCUCACCGCUGCGCCCUCGCCGCCCCCCAGGAUGGGGAUAGGGGGUCGCCCGGCGCCGACCCAGGGUUCCUGGCCCUCAGGAUCCCUCGCCAGGAGGACGGAUCCUUCAGCUCCUGCAGAGUUUACGAUCCCCCGCUGACCCUUGACCUUGACCAAGGUAACGCAACUGCGCCCUGCACGCACGGCUGGAUCUACGACCAAUCACAGUUCAGCUCCACGACGGCAUCAGAGGUGAGAACGAGCGAGCGGACGAGGUCAUGUUUGGGUUAGAGGUCAAAGGUUAAAAAAAAUCUGAUUUCUAAGAAUCUAAGAAGGAGGUUUUACACCGACGACGACGACGGCGACGACGUGGGUCAGCGCAGACGUGUGUGUGUGUGUGUCUGUGUGUCUGUGUGUGUGUGUGUGUGUGUGUGUCUGUGUGUGUGAGUGUGUGUGUCUGUGUGUGUCUGUGUGUGUGUAUGUCUGUGUGUGUGAGUCUGUGUGUGUGUGUCUGUGUGUGUGUGUGUGUGAGUGUGAGUGUGUGUGUGUGUGUGAGUGUGUGUGUGUGUGUGUGUGAGUCUGUGUGUGUGUCUGUGUGUGUGUGUGUGUGUGUGUGAGUGUGUGUGUGAGUGUGUGUGUCUGUGUGAGUGUGUGUGAGUGCGAGCGUGUGUGUGUGAGUCUGUGUGUGUGUCUGUGUGUGUGUCUGUGUGUGUGUGUGUGUGUGUCUGUGUGAGUGUGUGUGAGUGCGAGCGUGUGUGUGUGUCUGUGUGUCUGUGUGUGUGUGUGUGUGGGUGUGAGUCUGUGUCUGUGUGUGUGUGUGUGUGUGUGUGUCUGUGUGUGUGUGUGUCUGUGUGUCUGUGUGUGUGUGUGUGUGUCUGUGUGUGUGUGUGUGUGUGUGUGUGUGUGAGCUCUUCAUCAAUAUCAUCUUCGUCAUCAUUAUCUAAUAUUGAUUCAGAGACCAAUCUGUGUUUUGGAUCGAGCAGCGUUGGUUUUUUUCCUCGUGUGGACUGAGCAGAUUUCACGGUUUCUAAUCGUCUUAAAUAACAAACGGCGAAGAAAACACAUGACCCCAUUCAUUGUUGAGGAGAACUUCCAGAAACACGCUGGCACAGGGCACCGCCGUCCAAGAAUCAAAAGUCUCCCAGCCAGCAGCGGCGUGACACACACUCAGCCGCUCAUUAAAGAGGCGGUUAUUUUCUAAUCCACUCAGAGUAAAGGGGGGGGGGGGGUCUUUGAUUUACUUUCAACCGUCUGAACGUCUGAUCAGGAGGAACACGCAGAGUCUGGAUCAGACAGAAGAUCAGUCAAAUUAAAGUCAUCAAUUAUUUUCUGAUCAGUGAAAGUUUUGAGGAAUAAUCACUUCAAUGAGGGGGGCGGGGUUAACCAUCAUGUCCUGAACCAGAAGGACCACAACACUGAACCACCGACCACAUCUACACCCUCAUCCACAAACAUCUUCACCAGGACAAGAAACCAUCUUCAGGGAAGAAAGAUCUUUGAUAUCAUUAAAAUAAUCGACAUAAAUGAUUAUGAGCGUAACCAUGGAAACAGACUCCUGCCUCAGGUGGAGGAGCUCAAGUAUCUCAGGAUCUUGUUCAGGAGUGAGGGUAGGACGGAGCGGGAGAUCGACAGGCGGAUCAGAGCGGCGUCAGCAGUGAUGCGGACGUUUAACCGAUCAGUGGUGGUGAAGAAAGAGCUGAGCCGUAAGGAGAGACUCUGGAUUUACCGGUCGAUCUACGUGCCGAUCCUCACCUAUGGUCAUGAACUUUGGGUAAUGACCGAAAGAACAAGAUCGCAGAUACAAGCGGCUGAAAUGGGUUUCCUCCUCAGGGUGUCCGGGCUCAGCCUUAGAGAUAGGGUAAGGAGCUCGGACACUCGGGAGGCGCUCAGAGGAGAACCGCUGCUCCUCCACGUCCAGAGGAGUCAGCUGAGGCGGCUCGGGCAUCUGGUUAGGACGCCUUCUGGAUGCCUCCCGUUAGAGGUGUUCCAGACAUGUCCCACCGGGAGGAGACCUCGUGGUCGGCCCAGGACCAGGUGGAGGGAUUAUAUCUCUCUCCUGGUCUGGGAGCGCCUGGGAAUCCCCCCAAAGGAGGAGGAGCUGGUGGGAGUGUCCGGGGUGAGGGCCGUCUGGGCUUCCCUCCUGAAGCUGCUGACCCCACGACCCGGACCAGGAUGAAGCGGAAGAAAUUGAACAAACUGAAACAGACUUCUUCCCCCAAAGCAUUCUGGGUAAAGCAGGGCUGCAGUCUCACCCCCCACCCUCUUAAUUUUCUAUAUUGAUGAUGAAGUUCCUUGAAGACCUGGUCUCAGACCUGCUCGCUCCAUCUAAGGAGGUUCUCCAGGUGGAUCUUCUGACUGUGUCGGUCUGUCUGA